AUGGCCAGCUCUCGCCUUCUCACCGUUUGCCUGUGCAGCCUGGUGCUCCUACUCGUGAUCGCCCAGAGCCCGGUGGAUGCCUCCGUGCACAUCGGCAGCUGCGUGUGGGGCGCCACAGACUACUUCAGCGACUGCCGGAAGGAGUGCAAGAACCGCGGCUACAAGUCCGGCCACUGCGGAAGCUUCUGGAACGUGAACUGUUGGUGUGAUUAG